AUGGCUAUCUACUCCAGGGACGAGGCUUUGAUGUGCAAGGUCUUUCCAUCAAAUUUGGGUCCGGUGGCAAUGAGAUGGUUCAACGGCUUAGGGGCCAAUUCUAUUGAAUCAUUCAAAAAGCUGACCCGGGUUUUUGGUGCUCGCUUUAUUACAUACAACAGGAGUGAGACUCUCAAGACUUAUUCGGAUAGGUACUGGGAAAUGUUUAAUGAAAUAGAAGGAAAGAACGAUGAUGUGGCCAUAACCACUUUCAAAGCUGGCCUCCCAGCCGAUCACGAUUUAAGGAAAUCCCUGACGGGUAAACCUGUUACCAGUGUACACCAGUUGAUGGACAGGAUAGAUAAGUAUAGAAGGGUAGAGGAGGAUCAACUUCAGGGAAAAGGGAAGGCCAAGGUGAUCCCUCAGGAGAUGAGGGAUUUCAGGUCGGACCGUUAUAACAGUAAUCGACCCCGGAAGGACUUUGUCGGGCAAUCGGGUUCGGCGGACACCCAGGUGGUUAAUGCAAUAUUUCGAGAGCCAGUGCAGCAGGUUUUGGAGAAGAUAAAGAAUGAACCAUUUUUCAAAUGGCCGAACAAGAUAGCGGGAGAGCCUAGGAAGCGCAACCCGAACUUAUAUUGCCACUAG